GCCGGAGACGCGGCGCCGGCGGGGUGGGGUCCGAGGAAUCGAACGACUACUGUAUGACCCGGAUUUUGUAUCACAACAUACUGCCAGGGCGAGCAGACAGAAGCAGCGUACGCACUUCUGCCCACUCCCUAGCAAGCCAAGAUGUCGACCCCCUACCGGUGCGGUAGAGUCCGGGCGAGGGCCGGCGAACGGCCUGCCACCGCGGUGCUUGAACUUCCGACUCCCUGUCUCUGUCUCCUCCAUGUCUCUGUCUCCUCCAAUGUCCAUCUUGUCCUUCAACCAUCCAACACCAAUGGAAACUUCAAAUCGAGGGCGCAAGCAACCCCGAGAUCCCCAGAAAUCACCUGCAGGAGUCUGGCUGCAAGUCGGAGGUUUUGGUCCAACAGCAGCACGGGCAACGCUAAGCAGCGCAACGCUAAGCACCGCAACUUGGACAAUUGCACCGGGCGUCCAGAGCCCGAGGUGAGAUGGCAAGGUGAGACGGCCACCGGACGAGAUGGAGCUUGGGCUGCUGCAGCCGAGCCCAAUCCACCCAAGUCUGCCUGCCCAAUCCGCCGGCUCCGCCAGCUCCGCCAAGAGAGGCAGACAAUCAGGUGCACAGGCCCGCUAGAAGACGCGACCAGGCUGGCCUGGCUGCUCGACGGAAGCGGAGGGCUAGGAGGUCAACGGCUAGCUUGGGAAAACUGGCUCGCAACGCCGCCCGAAGGGUGGCAGCAGCAGCUUUUUCAGCCAGUCAACAGCCGUCAGGGCAUCGCCUCACUUUCUGGAGGGCUUUUGGCCAAUCAAGCAGGCUGGGUGACUGAUGCACCCCCUUGACAGCGAGGCGACGCAUGCAAGUCCAGCAAUUCCCAAUAGCCACAAUUGGCUGCCUGCUUCACCCCUAUCUAACGUGCAGCACAGGCCCAGUGCAACACGCACUGAAAAGCUACCGUGGUGCAGUCGUACGCAGCGAUGCACAUCCCCCGCCCUGGUCAAAUGAUUGACGGAAAAGCGUUUGUGUUCGCCGGGCUCUUCUGCCACAAUCCUCUCAAGCCACGCUUUAGGGGGGAGAGUGUGGUGAUGGUGAUGGUGAUGAUGAUGGUGGUGGUGUGUCGGCCGGCUCUUUAGCGCUGCGACAGUUAAUUA